AUGGGCAUGGACUCGUGGUUGACGGGCCUGGCGCUGAGCAGCGCCCUGCAGUUUGCCAUCUCCGCCGGCAUCUCCUGCUUUGCCAGGGAGGCGCUGCCCAUCGACAACGGCCUGGUUUGCCGCUUCGCAGCCAAGGCCGUCUUCUUCGUGGCGGCCCAGGCCUUCAUCAUGCACGGCAGCAGCCCCGACGCGUUUGCCGCAGCCAUCCACCCUUUCCAGGGCCUGCCUGACAUGAUCCCCAAUGUGGCCGAGGCGUCGGCAUUCGUGCAAGCAGACGACAUUCUGUCCUCCACGCUGCAGGGCCUCGCCCAGGGCAUGUCUGGCCUGUGCCGCGCCACCUCUGUCGUCUUGGAUCGGGCGGCGAGCACCUCCCUGCAACGCGCCAUGACGGCAGCGCUCGACACCGCGGCCUCCGGCGCUAUCUGA